AUUCAAGAAAGUGAUGACUCGUCUCUGAUUUUUCUAAGAACAAUAGAAAAAAAUGACGCCUUAAAAAAUGUCUUCGUUGACGCUUUGAAAGUCGUAUUCAGCGUUUCGGCCUCGGCAACUUGCGGGAAAGGGGUAGUAGCUGCACGAAAGACAACGACUGACGGGACACAGCGGUCUCAACUACAUAGCAUCCAAAAGAAUCAUGCUCAGCCUCCUUAUUUUCGUCCGUUAGCUCUACCCCUUCUAUCACUUCUACGAACAACCCGUCAGCAUCACCAGCACGAACAAAAUGACCCUCGACGCCUGGAAUACACUGCUACAAAGUCCCACGCAAUCCGUGCAUUCGGAAGGCAGUCAAGAACAUGAGCAUGAGGCAGAACAUGACUCCGCAAACGAUGGACUUGAUGUACUUACUGAUGUCUACUUCGUCUUAAUCGUAGGGAAAAAUUUCAUGAUGGACUUUAUCAUCUACGACUCUUUCUACAGUGGCUUUUCCAUUUAUAUCUACCUCCCGCGGUCGCUUUCGACCACGCUUGCGCCAUGUGCUUCUGCUACUAUGGAGAAAGUGUCAUGUUGCCUACACUCUAGUCCACAUAAUAGAUUUGAGUGAAGCUGUCAUGUUACGCAGGUUCCUCUUUACAGAAUGCUUGCAUGGGUGGAAGUCCUCACGUGCAAGCAAUAGCCUCAUUACAUCGUAUGAAAUCUGCAAUCCUCAGGCGUGGAGUCAACUCGCAGUGCCAGGCGAAGCAAAGAGCAAAAGUCAUCUUGUUCAUGGCGCUGUCGGUUCGCCUCCACUCAACAAAGCAAGUCCUAACCAAAAGAGACGCGCUGGAGACGAUGGGGGUCGUG